AUGCCAGCAUACCACGAGAAAAUACGACCAUUUCCUAAUGCUUUCCGUGUGCGUUUUUACCAGACCAAUGCCCAACGCAUCUACCGAAAAAUAACCCAUUAUCGGUCGCUUACUACUACCAAAUUCCUGCACCGAUCCACACCAGCAUACCACGAGAAAAUACGCCCAUUUCCUAAUGCUUUCCGUAUGCGUAUUUGCAAGACCAAUGCCCAACGCAGCUGCCGAAAAUUAACACAUUAUCGGUCGCUUACUACUAGCAAAUUCCUGCAUCGAAUCAUGCCAGCAUACCACGAGAAAAUACGCCUAUUUCCUAAUGCUUUCCGUGUGCGUUUUUGCCAGACCAAUCCCCAACGCAGCUGCCGAAAAAUAACCCAUUAUCGGUCGCUUACUACUAGCAAAUUCCUGCACCGAUCCACACCAGCAUACCACGAGAAAAUACGCCCAUUUCCUAAUGCUUUCCGUGUGCGUUUUUGCCAGACCAAUCCCCAACGCAGCUGCCGAAAAAUAACCCAUUAUCGGUCGCUUACUGCUAGCAAAUUCCUGCACCGAUUUAUGCCAGCAUACCACGAGAAAAUACGCCCAUUUCCUAAUGCUUUCCGUGUGCGUUUUUGCCAGACCAAUCCCCAACGCAGCUGCCGAAAAAUAACCCAUUAUCGGUCGCUUACUACUAGCAAAUUCCUGCACCGAUCCACACCAGCAUACCACGAGAAAAUACGCCCAUUUCCUAAUGCUUUCCGUAUGCGUAUUUGCCAGACCGAUCCCCAACGCAGCUGCCGAAAAAUAACCCAUUAUCGGUCGCUUACUACUAGCAAAUUCCUGCACCGAUCCACACCAGCAUACCACGAGAAAAUACGCCCAUUUCCUAAUGCUUUCCAAAUGCGUAUUUGCCAGACCGAUCCCCAACGCAGCUGCCGAAAAAUAACCCAUUAUCGGUCGCUUACUACUAGCAAAUUCCUGCACCGAUCCACACCAGCAUACCACGAGAAAAUACGCCCAUUUCCUAAUGCUUUCCGUGUGCGUUUUUGCCAGACCAAUGCCCAACGCAUCUACCGAAAAAUAACCCAUUAUCGGUCGCUUACUACUACCAAAUUCCUGCACCGAUCCACACCAGCAUACCACGAGAAAAUACGCCCAUUUCCUAAUGCUUUCCGUAUGCGUAUUUGCCAGACCGAUCCCCAACGCAGCUGCCGAAAAAUAACCCAUUAUCGGUCGCUUACUACUAGCAAAUUCCUGCAUCGAAUCAUGCCAGCAUACCACGAGAAAAUACGCCCAUUUCCUAAUGCUUUCCGUGUGCGUUUUUGCCAGACCAAUCCCCAACGCAGCUGCCGAAAAAUAACCCAUUAUCGGUCGCUUACUACUAGCAAAUUCCUGCACCGAUCCACACCAGCAUACCACGAGAAAAUACGCCCAUUUCCUAAUGCUUUCCGUGUGCGUUUUUGCCAGACCAAUCCCCAACGCAGCUGCCGAAAAAUAACCCAUUAUCGGUCGCUUACUACUUGCAAAUUCCUGCACCGAUUUAUGCCAGCAUACCACGAGAAAAUACGCCCAUUUCCUAAUGCUUUCCGUGUGCGUUUUUGCCAGACCAAUCCCCAACGCAUCUACCGAAAAAUAUCCCAUUAUCGGUCGCUUACUACUAACAAUUCCUGCACCGAUUUAUGCCAGCAUACCACGAGAAAAUACGCCCAUUUCCUAAUGCUUUCCGUGUGCGUUUUUACCAGACCAAUCCCCAACGCAGCUGCCGAAAAAUAACUCAUUAUCGGUAGCUUACUACUUGUAAAUUCCUGCACCGAUUUAUGCCAGCAUACCACGACAAAAUACGCCCAUUUCCUAAUGCUUUCCGUGUGCGUUUUUGCCAGACCAAUCCCCAACGCAUCUACCGAAAAAUAUCCCAUUAUCGGUCGCUUACUACUAGCAAAUUCCUGCACCGAUUUAUGACAGCAUACCACGAGAAAAUACGCCCAUUUCCUAAUGCUUUCCGUAUGCGUAUUUGCCAGACCAAUGCCCAACGCAGCUGCCGAAAAAUAACCCAUUAUCGGUCGCUUACUGCUAGCAAAUUCCUGCACCGAUUUAUGCCAGCAUACCACUAGAAAAUACGCCCAUUUCCUAAUGCUUUCCGUGUGCGUUUUCGCCAGACCAAUGCCCAACGCAUCUACCGAAAAAUAACCCAUUAUCGGUCGCUUACUGCUAGCAAAUUCCUGCACCGAUUUAUGCCAGCAUACCACGAGAAAAUACGACCAUUUCCUAAUGCUUUCCGUGUGCGUUUUUACUAGACCAAUGCCCAACGCAUCUACCGAAAAAUAACCCAUUAUCGGUCGCUUACUGCUAGCAAAUUCCUGCACCGAUUUAUGCUAGCAUACCACGAGAAAAUACGACAAUUUCCUAAUGCUUUCCGUGUGCGUAUUUGCCAGACCGAUUCCCAAAGCAUCUAAGGAAAAACCACACAUUAUCGGUCGCUUACUGCUAGCAAAUUCCUGCACCGAUUUAUGCCAGCAUACCACUAGAAAAUACGCCCAUUUCCUAAUGCUUUCCGUGUGCGUUUUCGCCAGACCAAUGCCCAACGCAUCUACCGAAAAAUAACCCAUUAUCGGUCGCUUACUGCUAGCAAAUUCCUGCACCGAUUUAUGCCAGCAUACCACGAGAAAAUACGCCCAUUUCCUAAUGCUUUCCGUGUGCGUUUUUGCCAGACCAAUCCCCAACGCAUCUACCGAAAAAUAUCCCAUUAUCGGUCGCUUACUACUAACAAUUCCUGCACCGAUUUAUGCCAGCAUACCACGAGAAAAUACGCCCAUUUCCUAAUGCUUUCCGUGUGCGUUUUUACCAGACCAAUCCCCAACGCAGCUGCCGAAAAAUAACUCAUUAUCGGUAGCUUACUACUUGUAAAUUCCUGCACCGAUUUAUGCCAGCAUACCACGACAAAAUACGCCCAUUUCCUAAUGCUUUCCGUGUGCGUUUUUGCCAGACCAAUCCCCAACGCAUCUACCGAAAAAUAUCCCAUUAUCGGUCGCUUACUACUAGCAAAUUCCUGCACCGAUUUAUGACAGCAUACCACGAGAAAAUACGCCCAUUUCCUAAUGCUUUCCGUAUGCGUAUUUGCCAGACCAAUGCCCAACGCAGCUGCCGAAAAAUAACCCAUUAUCGGUCGCUUACUGCUAGCAAAUUCCUGCACCGAUUUAUGCCAGCAUACCACUAGAAAAUACGCCCAUUUCCUAAUGCUUUCCGUGUGCGUUUUCGCCAGACCAAUGCCCAACGCAUCUACCGAAAAAUAACCCAUUAUCGGUCGCUUACUGCUAGCAAAUUCCUGCACCGAUUUAUGCCAGCAUACCACGAGAAAAUACGACCAUUUCCUAAUGCUUUCCGUGUGCGUUUUUACCAGACCAAUCCCC